AUGUCUGUGUGGGUUUUCUUUGGGUUCUCCAUGUUCCAAACUCAAACGGGGCAAUCCAUUGAUGAACUUUAUAUAUCUGUGGUUGUGUUUCACAAUGGACUAAAUGUGUUCCACAUGGACGAGCCCAUCUGCUUACCCAAUUUCCCUCGUUUCACCUUCUGUGGCAACAGGAGAGGAGAAAUGGUUACUAUUCGGACGUCUUUGCCAGGACUGAAGUAUCCACUAAAGGGUUCCUACAACAUACAUGUCCAUGGCAUUAACCAGAAUGGCUUCCAAAUUGGUUGUGUGAAUGCCUCAGCUAAAUUCCCUGACAUCUACAAAAGAAUGAAUAGUUAAAAGUGUAUAUUAUUUGGAGU